GCUGCAGGGCCCCUGUAAAACCCUAAUUCUCAUCGCUACUGGCCUCCCACCGUUAAAACUCGCUCGACUGCUCAAACAAACACAAAAUUGAACCCAAAAAAGAGGGAGGAAAAAGAGAGAAAAAUCAAAUCCCGAUUCAAUCAUCAAAAUCAUGAUCACAGGAGGAAACAACUUCGUGUCAUCAGCUCCAGUUUUCUCCAAUGACGCGAAAAAGCUGCUCGUUUGCACUGGAAACACCGUCUCAAUCUUCAGCACCGACACCGGGAUGCUGGUAACGGAAUUAGAGGGCCACACUGAUUUGGUUACUUCAGUUGUUGUUGUUCCGGUUGCCGCGAAUGCGAGGAAAUUUAUGUGUUAUUGCUGGACUUCGUCGAGGGAUUCUACCAUUUGUUAUUGGGAUUUUGCGGCGCCUGAAUUGGUGAAGAAGAUCAAAGUUCAGCUUCCUAUAGUAUCUAUGGUUAUUCCUCAUAUCUCAAGUCUUUCAGCUGAUAGCAGUGAGAAGCUUUCCAACCUCUAUGCAUUUGUUUCUGUUGAGGAUAUAAACAAACCUGCUGAUCAGCGCAAGGCAUUGCGUGGGCAGAUCCAGAUUUACAACUUAACCAAUUCACGUCGUGUUGGGGGAUUGUUGGCUGAGACCCGCAGACCAGAGUUAAUAUCCAUGAGCAGUUCUGGAGAAUUCAUCGGCAUUAAGAACAAGCAAAAAAUAUAUACAUGGAGAAUUCCGACAAAGGAGUUCAAAUAUGACGACAUUAGGAGGAUCAAAUUGCAUCACACCAAAAAGUUUAACACUCUGGCGUUUCAUCCUAGUGAAAGAAUAAUUGCCGGUGGAGAUGUAACUGGGAGAAUUUUGAUAUGGAGAGGCUUUGGAAAGCGAAACUUGUCAGAAACUUCAAGAAAAUUGAGCGCAGGUAGAACCAACAAUGAGGAAGGGAAUCCUGGGGUAAGAGGCAAUGAUGACGCAGACUCCUGUUCGACCUGGCAUUGGCAUCCAGAAGCAGUACAUAUUCUCUUCUUUUCCUCAGAUGGAGCUUAUUUAUAUUCAGGUGGAAAAGAAGGAGUCCUUGUUGUCUGGCAAUUGGAUACUGGGAAGAAAAGGUUUAAACCUCGUCUGGGCUCCCCGCUUUUAUAUUAUACACAUUCUCCUGAUCCUUCUCUUUCAUGUAUAUCUUGCGCAGAUAAUUCAAUUCACCUAAUAAAGAUGCCUUCCAUGGCAAUUGUCAAGUCUAUUGGUGGGAUAAAGCUUCCUUUCUCAUUUCCAGAUAUGCACAAACGACCUAGUAGUGAUUUUGCGUUUGACUAUUCCUCUGGGCUAGUUGCUCUUCGGACUUCCGAUCAUUGUAUACAGUUCUUCAGCUUGUUCGAGAACUUUGAAGUUUCACAGGUGCAAGUAUGUGAAAGAAAUUUCCAGCCUGUUGAUGAUCCCAUGGUGUUUGUGGCUUUGAUGUCUCUUUCAGGAGAUGGCUCCAUGAUGAGUACUGUUGAGGUUAGGCUUCCGGAAGAGGGAUUAGGGGAUCUUAUAACUCUGAAAUUUUGGGCCCGGGGGUCUCGAGUUGGAGAAUAUAAUUUGGUUACUGUCAUCUAUGAGCCGCACAGUUAUGCAGAAGUUUCUGCUCUUGCAUUCCGAUCUGGCUAUAGAAUGGCUGUAAGUACUUCUUUGGGUGGCGAAUUUAAGGUUUGGCUCUAUUAUUCUGAUAAGCAGAAAGAUCACCAGAAAUCUGGAUGGAGAUGCCAGUCUGUUGGAUCGUACAAGAAAAUGCCUAUGACUGCUGCUGCAUUUUCUGCUGAUGGCUCUGUUCUAGCUGUUGCAGCAGAGACUGUUGUAACAUUGUGGGACCCUGACAAGAAUGCUCUUGUGGCUGUAAUUGGAGAUACGUUCACGCCGAUUACUACAAUCUCUUUUGCUGGGAAGUCAGAUUAUAUUGUGACACUAUCUCAAGGUUCAAAUCCACAGCUAGCUGUUUGGGAUUUGUCAAACCUUUCAAUUGUUUGGUCUUAUAAACUUCGUGCAGAAGCCGUAGCUUGUACAGAAGAUUUGUCUCAAUUUGCUGUCCUAGUCCUGCCCGAAGUACCAAAUGGACCUGCUACAGGAGACCAAAAUGGUAUCAUUUUGUUGUUUGAUGUGAAAAAGCCUGUUCCUCUGGCUACAUGGAUGGUGAAGAAGGCAAAAAAAGGCAGUCUUGCUUUUAUGCCUCCUGAUACAUCUCGUCAGCAUACCGAUGUAGAAGAUGCUGAUGGAAGUGGCAUUCCUUUGUUGGUAUAUAUAAAUGGUGAUCAUGAAUAUAUAAUCUUUGAUCCACACAAAGGACAGAUACCCGAAAUCAGCAGGAAUUCUCAUUAAAAGUCUUCUUCCUGAUGAUGGAACAGCUCGUAUUGGGUAUACGUCAAUAUAUGGGGAGCUUCCGGAAUUCGAUAGUAAGAAGGAUGAGAUCCAAGAAAUUCCAUUUGUGCCUUCAGAAAGACCUUGGGAGACUAUUUUCAGUGGAUCGUCCCAUGUUCUUCCACCUCUCACAAAACUCUGCUCAGCGUUUUUGUCGUCUCUACUAGAAAAGAGACAUACCACACUGGAGUGAUUAGUUCACCAUUUAAGAUCUUCAAAUUUUCGAACAGAAAAAAAAAAGAAAAAGAAAAAGGAAAAUCCUGCCAAGAGAGAUAUUAAGAUAUCAUGUUCGGCAAUUGUCAUAUUUGCCCUCAUCAAAGGGAACUGGGGUCAUUCAGCGACAAAAUGGCAUUUUUGGCUUCAUCUGCGUAAUUUUCUUGGUUUCAAUGUGCUGGAGGCAAGCCAUUCAGGAAUGAACUAUAGAGGUGUCUCAGGUUAAUAGAGGCAUUGUAGAAUGCUUUCUGAUGGGUGGAAAUUUUGUAGUUCUAGAUUAGUUAGUUGAGUUUUAAGCUUUUAGAUUUUGUUCUGUCCUCAUAAUUAAUUUUUUCGCUCCAGGCUGCAUCUUCUCAUUAACAGGUAGUUGUGUUUGUUAGAUGAAAUUAAAAUGUUUUGCUUGUGUAUACUGUACCAUAAGGAUGCUAAUUUGUUAUUCCGAAACUUAUUUUAGCGGGUGUUAAUUUCGUA